CCGAUGGUGCUGAACCGGGUCAGGGACUCAGGGUAGCGUGAACCCGUGUCCCAAACAGAAACUUUAUUCUGAGUUGAGUUUUCAUAGCUAGGGUUUUGUCUCGUAGAGAAGUACAAGCCCCUGCUGGCUCCUGCUUUGUUCUACGUUCCAUUUCCGUAGUUGCAGUCACACAUUGGCAGAGAGGGGGAGAAUGUUGGACAUCAAUAUCUUCCGAGUAGAGAAGGGUGGCAACCCCGAUCUCAUCCGCGAAUCUCAACGACGCCGCUUCGCCAACGUCCAGCUCGUCGACGAGGUCAUCGAGCUCGACAAAGAAUGGCGAAAACUUCAAUUCGAUCUUGAGAAUCUUCGAAAGGAUCUUAACAAGAUCAACAAGCGAAUCGCUCAACUUCGAAUUGCUGGUGAAGACACCACUGAGAUGAUCAAGGAUACGGAAGAAAACAAGAAGUCAGCUGCAGAGGGAGAAGUUAAAGUUCGGGAAGUUUUAAAACAAUUGAAUUCAAAAUUAGAAACCAUUGGAAAUCUCGUUCAUGAUUCUGUUCCAAUCAGCAAUGAUGAGGCAAACAAUGCGGUUAUCAGAUCAUGGGGUGAGAAACGGUUGGAGCCAAAACUAAAGAAUCAUGUUGAGCUUGUUGAGCUCCUUGGGAUUGCAGAUUUAAAGAAAGGUACUGAUGUGGCUGGAGGUAGAGGUUUCUACUUGAAAGGAGAUGGAGUGCGUCUUAAUCAAGCUCUGAUCAACUUUGGUCUUGAGUUUUUGGAGAAAAGAGGAUAUACACCAUUGCAGACUCCAUUUUUCAUGAGAAAAGAUAUCAUGGCAAAGUGUGCUCAAUUAGCACAAUUUGAUGAAGAACUUUACAAGGUAACCGGUGAGGGUGAUGACAAAUAUCUGAUUGCUACAGCUGAACAACCACUUUGUGCAUAUCAUUUGGAUGAUUGGAUCCAUCCUUCUGAGCUACCCUUAAGAUAUGCUGGUUAUUCAUCCUGCUUUCGUAAAGAGGCUGGUUCACAUGGUCGAGAUACUCUGGGAAUAUUCAGAGUUCAUCAAUUUGAGAAGGUUGAGCAGUUUUGCAUUACUGGCCCGGAUAACAAUGAAUCUUGGGCAAUGCACGAGGAAAUGAUGAAAAACUCCGAGGAUUUCUACAAGAUGCUAAACAUUCCCUAUCAAGUUGUUGCUAUUGUUUCUGGUGCUCUCAAUGAUGCAGCUUCCAAGAAGUAUGAUUUGGAAGGAUGGUUUCCUGCAUCUCAGACUUACAGGGAGCUGGUGUCCUGCUCAAAUUGUACAGACUAUCAGUCAAGAAGAUUAGAAAUUCGAUUUGGGCAGAAAAAGAGCAAUGAGCAAGCAAAGAAAUAUGUUCACUUAUUGAACUCGACACUCACAGCAACAGAGAGAACAAUAUGCUGUAUACUUGAGAACCAUCAGAGGGCCGAUGGUGUUGAGGUACCGGAAGCCUUGCGGGAAUUUAUGGGUGGAAAGACCUUUCUACCUUUCAAGAAAAAGCCAGCCGACGAAGCCAAAGGGAAGAAACCAAAGGCCUAAUUUAUUGUUUAACUAACCUUCGACUGAGAACUAGAUGGGAACUACUUAAAAUUUCAAUGUUAUUAUCCACCCCCACCCUAUUUUUCC